AAAAACCAAAAUUUAAAACGAGCUUUUAGUGCUUUCUCUUGAGGGGAUUUGAGGGCUAUUGAGAGUUGAGAGUAGAGUGAAAUUCAGGCCGGCCAGAGUUUAGAGAGAGAAAGAGUGGAAAGAGAGAGAGAGAGAGCAACAAUGCCGUUGAGUUCGACGAUGAUCGGAGCACUUCUGGGAUUGGGCACUCAGAUGUACUCCAAUGCCCUUCGCAAACUCCCUUACAUGCGCCAUCCUUGGGAGCAUGUUGUGGGAAUGGGAUUGGGAGCGGUGUUCGUGAAUCAGUUGGUGAAAUGGGACGCUCAGCUUCAGGAAGAUCUCGACAAGAUGCUCGAGAAAGCCAAGGCUGCUAAUGAACGCCGUUAUUUUGAUGAAGAUGAUGAUUAGCUUGUGACCCAAUGGAUUUUGACGUUCGAACAAGGCAUUCGUGUUCUGAGAGAAUGCUGAAUCUUGAAAUUGUCUGCACUUGUUUGCCCUUGUGAUAAUGUUCACCUGUUUGUAAAAGACUACAAGUAUUUUCAUUUUUGUUUGCUAGUUGCUACACAUGUGAGUUCGAUAACUUGAACUGGUGAAUGUAGUUCCUAGUACAUGCACCUAAUAAAUGAAAUGGAUCAAAUUUCUCUUGUAGCCGCAAAAA